AUGCUCUAUAUCACUAUGAUGGCGGCGUUCGUUCCACCAUUGGACCAACAAGUACCGCUGGAAUAUGGGCCACAUAUCCUCAAACUUUUCUCUCCGUCACCAACAGUAUAGUGGACCAGAUAUUUGGGGCUGCAGUCUUGCUAAUAUGUGUGUCGGCGCUGUCAGACAAGAGGAACAUGAAUCCGUCUUCUGGACUCAUACCUGUGUGUACUGGACUUCUCGUCUUUGUUAUAAACACUACAUUCUGUUUCAAUUGCGGCUGCGCAAACAACCCAGCACGUGAUUUAUCACCAAGAUUAUUUACUGCAAUGGCUGGAUGGGGAAGCCAACCUUUCAG